GAGUUGAUCUUGUUUUGAUUUCAGCUUUGACAUGUCUGUGCUCUGACUGCAAACAAGCCAACUCCACGUGUGAGACGGACGGUGCCUGCAUGGUCUCAGUCUUCAACCUGGAUGGUGUCAAACACCACGUUCGGACCUGCAUUCCUGAGGCAAAAUUAAUUCCUGCUGGGAAACCCUUCUAUUGUCUGAGUUCAGAGGAUCUGCGUAAUACUCACUGCUGCUACUCCGAUUUUUGCAACAAAAUUGAUUUAAUGGUUCCCAGCGGACACCUGAAAGACAAUGAGCCCCCAUCAAGCUGGGGUCCCGUGGAGCUGGUGGCGGUGAUUGCCGGGCCCGUCUUCCUUGUGUUUGUUGUCAUGAUCAUUGUAGUGUUUGUGUUCCAUCACCACCAACGAGUCUAUCACAACCGCCAGCGGCUGGACAUGGAAGACCCUUCCUGUGAAAUGUGCCUUUCCAAGGACAAGACCUUGCAAGAUCUGGUCUAUGAUCUGUCCACCUCCGGCUCUGGCUCAGGCUUGCCUCUGUUUGUCCAGCGGACCGUGGCUCGGACAAUUGUCCUUCAGGAGAUCAUCGGCAAAGGCCGCUUUGGGGAGGUGUGGAGGGGCAGGUGGCGUGGAGGUGACGUGGCUGUGAAGAUCUUCUCUUCACGUGAGGAACGUUCCUGGUUCAGGGAAGCAGAGAUCUAUCAAACAGUGAUGCUGCGGCACGAGAACAUCCUGGGAUUUAUUGCUGCGGAUAACAAAGAUAAUGGAACAUGGACUCAGCUGUGGCUCGUCUCUGACUACCACGAGCACGGGUCUCUCUUUGACUACCUGAAUCGCUACACGGUGACUAUCGAGGGCAUGAUCAAGCUCGCCCUGUCUGCUGCCAGCGGGCUGGCCCACCUGCAUAUGGAGAUCGUGGGCACUCAGGGAAAACCUGGGAUUGCUCACAGAGACCUGAAAUCCAAGAACAUCCUGGUGAAGAAGAACGGCACAUGUGCCAUUGCUGACCUCGGGCUGGCUGUGCGGCACGACUCCGUCACAGACACCAUUGACAUCGCACCAAACCAAAGGGUUGGAACCAAACGAUACAUGGCCCCAGAAGUCUUGGAUGAAACCAUCAACAUGAAGCAUUUUGAUUCAUUUAAAUGUGCCGAUAUCUACGCCUUGGGCUUGGUGUACUGGGAGAUUGCCCGAAGGUGCAACGCAGGAGGUAUCCAUGAGGAGUAUCAGCUUCCCUACUAUGACCUUGUGCCCUCUGAUCCUUCCAUUGAGGAGAUGCGGAAGGUCGUGUGUGACCAGAAAUUGCGGCCAAACAUCCCAAACUGGUGGCAGAGCUACGAGGCACUACGGGUGAUGGGCAAGAUGAUGAGAGAGUGCUGGUACGCCAACGGAGCAGCUCGGCUCACUGCCCUCCGCAUUAAGAAAACCCUCUCCCAGCUCAGUGUCCAGGAAGAUGUGAAAAUUUAGGCUCUGAGCCUCAGCAGGAGGAAACUGCACAGGAGCUGCUGUGCUAGAGUAGACGUGUGAUGGAGGCCUACCUCGUGUUUCAGCCCAACCUACUGCUACAACCAGACAGCGGGACCUGCAGGCUGCUAGGCAGGGGGACGGAGCCUACAGAGCCGCUCUCUUCCCUGCUUGGGUAUGAAACAAUCUGAAACCUUUUGUGAUCACCUCCUGAGAGCGUGGAGACUUGAGAGGGACUUCACCCGAGGGAUCUCAGCCAUGAUCGUAACUCUUUGUUCCUUUAAAGGAAAUCCCUGUAAAGUUCAGCGUGCGUUGAGCACCCGUUGGCGGGGUCGGAGCCAAGCCCGGGUGCUCGGUGCCGGGAGUGGGAAGGGAAAGGGAAGGUUUUUCUUGCCGUACUCUCGAGGAUUUUUCCAGGGACUGGCACGUUAAUGCAGAAAAAGCAAAACAAAUGGUGCUCUCUUCCAAGAGGCUGAGCCGGAACAGUUGAUCAGCUUCACAAAACCGUUCUCCCUCCUUUUCUUAAGCUUGAAAAAGUCCAACUCGGCGCCCUGACGGCCGUCGGGGCGCAGCGGUGUCUGCAUGCGCGAGGUGCGCGUGUCCCUGUGCCUGGUCAUCUCCUCCAUAGCCGUGCGGUGUCUGCCUGUGGGUGGCUCAUCUCUGUCCGUGCUUCCUGUGCAUGUGCAAAUCUCGAGUGUCCCGUUGUGAGCUGUCGCGCUGGUGCUCUCCGUGCUGAGUCGUGAGCGUCGUGGAGCUUGGACAGGCUGCUGCAGAGCGGAUCCCCGGCUCCCCGAUGGGCGCCGCGGCCGUGCCCGCUCCGCUGCCGGCUGCCAGAACGUCCCAUCAGGUUGCCUCACUGCCACCCCUUUCCCGUUUUUAAGACGAAACAAAUAAGGAACUGAGAAUCACUCCUGGAAUCCAGGUUUUUUUUUGUCUUGAGCCCCUGGGGUUUGUAAUUCUUGGUAGCGGGGAGCUGAGAUGUGAGAGAUGGAGCAGGCGCUGUGGCUGGCACGUGGGGAAAUGCAGGAUUCAGUUCUCCUGGGAACUCAAUUCCCAGCUCCACCACCCAGGCAGAUCUCUGGGGGCCUGAUGAUGCCGCGCUGGGGGAAGAGUGGCUGGACAGUGGCUAGGCAGAAAGGGACCUGGGGGUGCUGGUGACAGCCGGCUGAACAUGAGCCAG